GGAAGUGGAAGGGCAUGAAAUGAUCGCCAAGUAAUUGCAAAUUUAACAGAACGAAGCAAUAUUACAUUACUUCAGUAUUUCAAUAUAGCUUAACGAUCCUGGCUGCAAACUUCAGCAAUUUUCAAGUGGCCAGAAAAUGCUGCGACGAAUCCUAAAGUAGAAAAUCAUGCUCAUCAGUUUCAUCUUUUUAAGUGCAUUAGCAGCUACUUCAUGCAAUGCUGAAUAUGACGAUAAUUCUACAUUUCUGGAAGAAAGACAAAUCCCUAACGACAAUCCAUGUAAUUGCUAUUUUAAGGAUUCUUGUGGUUGCAUCUGCUCCAGACCCAUCUCCUGGGCCCAGUUCCAGAUUCUUCCCCAAAAUUUUCAACCUUGCAGAAGCUUUACUCUGGCUCUGAGAGGUGGACAAUUUCACUCCUUCCCGGCGGAUUACUUUUACAGAGUUGGACAUGUCAAGGACUUUGUUCUGGAUGUGAGCAGAGUUAACUUCCAAUACCUAAACGACCCUGAUGGAGAAUCGUCUCCUUACAAUGGCGUUACUUUUGAUGUCAGCGCAUAUUUAAGGAUGCAUGAGGUAAGCGUAAGCCGCGGAUGGAACUGGGGCGCAUUCUAUUGGCUCGCACCUACUACUCGCAGUGCCUACUGCGAAAUACAAGUCGUUCAAAGUACAGUUCCUGUUUUAACCUCCGACUUUGGACGCAUUUGCCAAGGGGUGGUCACUGUGGCCAACAUAAUUUCUUCCGGGUUGUACGCCAUAGAAGAUCGCUCCUUUGCACCUUUCACAAAACUGACGGAACUGGACUUGUCCGGCAACAGGAUUCAGGAAAUGCGAAGGUCUUUCUUUUCAUACCCAGCAAGAGAAUUGCAAAUAAUCAAUCUUUCGUAUAAUAAUAUUCGCAACCUUCCACCAGACAUGUUCACAGAGAUGCCGUCUCUGCAAAGCAUCAACCUGAGGGGCAAUCCGAUCAGCAACGUGGACGAGAGGACGUUCAGACCCAUCUUCAGAACGGUUGAAAUCAUCGGACUCGAAAGUGAGUCGCCGUUGCCUUUCAAUACCACUGACCAAUGAGGGUGUCCAGCAUGCACCGGUUGAGGUCUCAAAAGCAUACUAAUCCCUUGGGUACAGAUCUGUGACUGUUCAAUUAAUUUUGUAAAUUUAACUUGAUGUUUGACUAAUAUUAUAUUUAUUAAUACUAAUAUAGAAAGUGAAUGCGACUGUAUUGCAUUCAUUUACAGCGGUCUACAAAAUAUGUCUAGAUGAUUAUGUUGUCAAUCAUGCUAUGAGAAACUGUUCAAUAAAGGAAAAAAGAACAUAUCUUAUGUCA